AUGCCAAGCGCGACCGACGACGAUGACUGGGCCCGCGCGGUCGUGGCCACGGACGUGCUCCGGAGCGGCAGCCUCCUAGCCAAGGCCUUCCGCGCGCGCGUUGCGGACGAGCCCGAGCUCGCCAAGCAAGGCGUCGCUGACCGCCUGAGCGCACUCAUGAAGGAGGCCGCGCCGGUCCAUGGCACGUUCGUCGGCGACGACCUCGAGCGCAUUCGGUUGCUCGUGUUUUCGAAGGAAGCAAGUGCCGUGAAGAAGACCUUUGACGCGUCGAUGCCAUCGGCAGUGCUGCGCGAGCAGGCGCUGGCCGCGACGACGACGUCGGCGCAAGUUCACGGCGGCAAUGACUUUCAGAAGCGCUACUACAUUGAGAAGCACCUCGAGCUCAUAGCGAAAUGUCUCGCAGCGCCAAUGCCGAGCGCAAUUCAUGCCCGCGACGCGGUGCCGUACGCCGUCUCGGCCCAUGCACCGACGGACCUUCCGGAGAAGCUCUUCUCGCUCGCGUCCGGGCGUCUCCAGAUCGAGAUGCUCCAGUCGUUUCGUCAUCUCAACCCCACGUUCUUCCAGAAAGGCAUACGUAUCUUGGUGCGCACGCUCUUGGACGGACCGCCGCUGGCCCUGCGCACGAUUGCGCCCAAGACGGCCGAGGCAGCGAUGCUCGACGACCUCUCGGCGCUGGCCCUCUCGACGCUGGAUGGGUCUAAUGUCGAUGACACGGAGGCUGCGCUGGCUCUCUUGUGUGCGCUCGGUGUGGCGAGCGGUCGCGUUCGAUACCUCCUGUCGGCCGCUAUGGGGCUUUUGACAUGGACGCCGCCGACGUUUCCUUCCGCAGCAUUUGCCGCCGAUGUCGAUACCAUCGUUGCACGCCUCGAAGCUCACUCGCUGGACUUUCCGAUCGGUUUGGUGUCGGCACAGAGCACCGUGGGUCAAUUCCACGUGCCGAACGACCGUGCGACGGCGCUGGCCACCGACGGGACGUAUCUGUACAUGUGGAGCGGCGACCUUGUCAAGGUUGGGAGCGGCUACCACGGCAGUGUGGCUGGUCACGUCUACGCGACGUCUCAUGCAUGGAGCACGCACCUUGGUGCCGACACGGUCGUCCAGUGCGCCCAACUCGUCCAUGUCCAGUCGACGUUGCUCGUGGCCCUCGACGGCGUGCAACCGGAUGGCACGGCGCGCUCGGUCCAUUUGACCGUCCAGCCCGACACGAUGUGUGUCGAGGUCGUGACGAUCGAUCGAGGCACCGCGACGCUUUGCACGGACGGCGUCCAUCUCUUCGCAGUCGAGUUGCACGAGGCGGCGGUAGCGGUCCACGAACUCGUUUGCGCGGCGUCUGAGUGGGUUCGGUCGCCGCGCCCCUUGCUGGCAGGCACGACCUCAAUGUCGAUGGACGUCCAAGCUUUCUGGACGUCACCAGAGCCGUUUAUGUGCGUCACGAAUGGACACAGUAUCGCGGCCUACCGUGUCGACGAGACGCGACUCCAGUGUGUUGCGAUUAACUUGGCGACGGCCGAAGCCACGGCUGCCGUCUCGGCCGACUGCCCCCUCUCUGCCAUCACGUUGGAUCUACGCAACAACGUCUUCUGGGCGGCCACCGAGAAGUCGAUCGUGUGCCAUCGCAACGACGGUCCCCGGGUAGGGAUGCCGCAGACCGUCGACAAGGUGGACGUCUCGGCGCUUCUCGCUUCGACAGCGAGCUCUUCAAUCUCGGUUCUUGUCCGUCUCUUUGGCGUGUGCAACCGUGUUGUCGAUGCUUACUCGAGCAACGAUACUUUUUCCUCGACUGCACGUCUGGACGUGGCGUUUGCUGUGGAUCUCUGCCCAAGUACCUUUGGCGACCUGAUUGCUCUCGUCGAAAAACUCUCACGAAGCCCCGUCCUUGCGCCGUGGCAAGCAUUCGUCGUCGAAGUGAGUCUCAAGCUGCUCUCGAUCAACACGGCUCAAUGGAGCGCUGCGCGCGAGUCGUUGCCAGACCACGGAGCCAUCCGAGACCUUGUCCAGCGCAGUGGCUUGCGCGAUGGCCUCAGAGCCUUGCUUGAGGCUGAAUCCACACUACCACGCCUUCGUGACGCCUCUCGCCGGCUCUACGUGGCGUCGAUCGACAUGCUUUUUCCGACCGUGGACGCUCAAUGGGCUUUGCUUGCGGCUUGCAUUGCGACGAGCGACACAGUCGCGCUUCCGCUCGUGCAGCACAUGGCGUCGCGGUCCAAAAUGCAAUCGCUUGUCGCCGGUGACAUUUCGUUGGCGCUUCGAAGCUCGAUCACGCAGAUCGUGGAUGCAUCGGCGGCCUUCACGUUGUCCGAGCUGGAUGGUGACACGACGUCGGAACGCGCCGAUCUCGGCGCCGCACUCGUUCAUCUCGUCUCGACGCUGCUGGACGCGGUCACGGCGACGUGCGAACGGCAUGUAUCGGCAACUGCGCACGUCAUUGGUGUCGUUCUCGCCGCUUGCGACGCGCUGUGUGUACGUAUCGCUGCGGCGCCAACCGCCGCCGCGUUGCAGAUCCUCGAGUCGAGCGUGCUCGGGACCGUGGCCCCAAAGCUGUUUGCAAUUGCCGAGUAUCUUGUGGCGUCGUUGCCGGCGGCGACAUCAGGUCUGAGCGAUGUGGUGGCCGCCUUUGUGCCGUUGGCAAUCGCGGUGCUCGAGCGCAUGCAGCCGUUGUUUCGUGCUGUCGAAAGCCGCGAUACGUUUGUCGAAACAAAGCACCGCGGGUGUACGACCGUCGUGUUCGAGUCGGAGCACGAGUACCGCAACGACAUGCACGAAAUCAAGGAGCUUCGUCUCGAUGGUGCGCAGAGCAUGACCAUUGCGUUUGACAGCCGGUGUCGCUCCGAGUACAACUACGACUACGUCGUCUUUUACACGGACAAGUCGUGCACGACGUUCUACGGCGAAGACAAGUACUCGGGUCGCGACGGCUCGUUCAAUUGGCCCGGCGUCGGGAAUUUGCCGCCGCUUGUCAUUCCGGCCGACCACUGCUUCGUGCUCUUUCACUCGGACGGGUCCAACACGGACUGGGGCUACAAGUUCACGGCUACUGCCGACGUGACGGAAAACAGCCGGUCGUUCGAGAUGCAUUGGCUCACGAGCCUGGAACAGUGUCUAUUGGACGCGCUGCAUAGCGUCGUUACGCUCGAGGCGACGUGGUGUCCUGUGGCGCCGUCCGAAAACGCACUCCACCGUGUGCUCGAGUCGGAUCUGCUGCAUGGUGGCAUGGCAGCGCGACCGACCGAUGCCAACGAUGACGGCGUCGUGCAAUUUCUGCACCAGCUCAUCGACGCCACCGACGACGAUGACAACCUGCCAAGUGCUGCUCGCGUGGCCCAGCUCCUCAAAGCCAAGACGCCCCAAGACCAAGGCUCCGUGCCGCACAUCAACCGUGCGGUCCGAGCGGUCGCCGCGGCCAUUUUGCACCACAACAUGUGGAGCGUCGAUGCCUAUGCGCUCGGUCAAGGUCUCCGAAGCGAUGCGAGCCCAUCGCUUUUGCGGGCGUGGAAGAAUGCGCAAAAGAUGCGCAACUGGUUUGAUAUCGGUGACGCGCAGCGCCCGCUGCAAGCUGUGCCCGCGUCGACGCCGACGUUGCAGCGCCAACCGUCGGCGUUUGCCGGUGCGUCCGAAGCCGCGCUGAGAACACUGUGUGCCAACGUCGAGGCGCGCGCGCGCUUCCUUCUUGCGCUCGGACCCGCGUCGUUUAGCCUGGCAGCGGCGACCGACCCAAACGCUGCGACCAAGCGCUGGCAACUCCUCGCCAAGUACGGCGUCGCGCUCCAGAAAAGCGAGGACCCGGCCUCGAUCGUCGCCAAGUGGCACACGCUCGUCGAUGAAGUUGAAGCCGCAACGCAGCUGCAGCAGCUGAUGCUGUAUCGCAAGAGCUCGGCGGGUCGGACCGACAGUCGCCACGCCAAGACCAUGACGGAGCUGGUUCUCGAGUUUGUGCAGAGCGACGUCGACAUUGUUGCGCUUCAGGCGGCUAUCGAGAUGCGCAACCAACGCGCGACCCUUCGACGCCGUAGUCUGGACAUUGUGGCAACGGCGAUGGCGACGACGAUGAACGCCCGCUUGCGUCACGUGUUGCUAUCCCGCUGGGCGUCGUCGCUUCGGGGGCUCGAUCCACGACGUGUCCACGUGCUCAACCACUUGGCAGGGUGCGGUGCCGACGCCCGCAGUGCCGUCGAGCAAGCUCACGCCGCGCUUCUCAUGCCUCUCCAGCACUUGCUUGCGUGUGCCGAUCCGCUCGUACAACUGAGCGCGCUGCAGUGCCUUGCGCAGGACUUUGCAUUCCGCGACGGCGACAUGCUCGUCGCGAGCCGCGUCGUGUCGGCGGUGUUCUCGCUGCUGCAGGCGCCUACGCCAAGUGUCCGCGCGGCAGCGCAAGCCGUCGUUCGCAUUCUUCUCGAGCGCUUUGUACAAGUUGACAAGCGUGGCGACAUCCAAGCCCACAUUGCAGCGUGUGUGGCGGACUACACGAUGACGUUGACGACGGUACCGUCGUGUCGCUUUCUCCCGAGCCAUACCCCGGGGCAAAGCGUGGUGACGCCGACGCCACUGCCCAGCGUUGGGUUUUGGAUGUACAUCCCCGAGAUACCAUCCGUUCGACUGCGGGAAGGUAACCUGGUCAAGCACGGACCGCAGUGGCGCGACGCAACGCCAGACAACGCAGCUGUCGGUGUCGUCACGAGUAUCUUCAACGAUGUGAAUGUGGCGGUGCGCUGGCUGCCGCGCGUCGGCAACAAGGAGGUCCACGGGUGUCACGUCUACGACGUCGGUGCCAAGACGUUUGAGAUUGUCCCACUGCACCUUGACGCCAGCGGCCAGAUCUUGCUCAAGGCGCACGUUCUCGGCGACUCGUGGUUGCACCGGCUUGUCGGUUUGGCCCUGACGCAGACCUACCACCUGGAUGUGGCACUCGCCGAUGGCACUGCGUUGGCUGUGCAUGUGCAGACGCCGGAGCCGUUGAUGCCAGAGACGUGGUACCACGUCGGCUUUGCGGCAGCUGACACGGAGUCCGACUACUCACUGUACGUUGACGGAGCACCGGUGCUCGCGUUGCCGCUCAGUAUGCACUUGCAACACCACGUUCGCAACGAAGCACGUCUUGUGGAGUCGCUGCAUCCGUCGGUUGUCAAGGGCUGGCAGUACGUUGCAGUGACCAUUGACGGCGCCAGUGCGCUCCAGGUCGCGUUUGAUGCUCAAACUACGACCGGCGGCGACGACGACGCGUGCUACUUGGUGUUUUAUCGCGACGGCUUGCACACAAGUACGUGGGGCGAUGCGCGGUAUACGUCCAAGCACAACCUGCCCGGCGUCGAUGGCAACAGUCUACUCGACAUUGCGGCUGGCACGUUUGUGCUGGGGUACUACACAAGCGAGGCAAGCGCCGACCUAUGGGGCUUCCGAUUGUGGGUUUAUGACGCCGAUGUGUCGGUGCGCGCGUUGCCAGUCUCGCGUCUGUACGUGGGCGAGCCACCGGGGCGCGUCGGUGCCGAAAAGGCGGCGGGUUGCUACAUGCAUGACUUGGACAUUGCGUGGCGCCCGCCAUCGACGCCUGACGCCGUUGCCAUUGCGCGUGCGACACUGCCGGAUCCUACGACAACGACGCAGCAUGAUGUGCCGUGGCACGUUCUUGGUUGCAUUUUGGCGUCCGUGCACGGAUCGCCAGAUGCUGCGCGCCAGGUGCUGACGCCGACAACCUUUCAGCGUCUGCUCGAGUGUGCGUUUGCGUCGGCGCACCCAGUCGAGCUUCGGUGUGCGGCGACAUACGUCGCUGCGCAGAGCCUCGUGCUGCACCCACAUAGUGGCGUCGCAUCGGCACUGCUGCAAGAGUACGUUGAUCGUGCGAUGCAGUUUCUGAUCGUGGACGCCAACCCGUGGGCUCCGACGGGCGGCGUCACGAUGGCGCCGGCACAUGCCAGUCUUGUCGGUGCGGCGUAUGCAACGUUUCUGCGGGCCGCGUCGACACACCCGGUCGUCGCGUCGUCAAUGGAAACAAAACUCAAGAGCAGCUUGCGGCUUGAGCACGGUGUCGGGUGCGCCCUUGCCGCUGCGUGGGUUCUUGGCGGCGACUACGACCAUGCACACGUCGGCACGCGCAUCAAGACGCUCGACAUGCGGGACAACCCCGAAGGAACGAUCGAGGGUGGCUACAUUGUCAGCAUCGACGUCGUUGGCGACGAGCGCGUCGCUAGAGUGCUCUUCGACUUGGACCCUACCCGCAUCGAGUCGUUGCGCCUCGACGCUCUCCACCUAGAUCCGGCACCUCCAGCGUAUGUUGACGUCGCCCAGCGGCUCGUGAGCGCUUGCGCGCCCGAAAUUCUCGAUGCAAUCGAGGCGGCGACGCAGUUGGUGUCUCCGUGCAUGAUGGACGUACGAGCGCGGCUGCUCAAGGUACUCGGGCGGCUCUGUGAAUCGCCGGCAACGGUGGCGUCGCUCUUGCCGCCGUUGCUGUGCCUUGCCAAAGCCACACCGUCUGGAGCCCCGAUGGCAGUCAAGCCUGUUUGCAAGGUACUCGAAUCGACGCACCCGUACAAAGACUCGAUCGACGUCUACGAGACCGUGUCUUUCCCAGGCGCCACGAGCUGCCGAAUCACCUUUGACGCGGCUUCGCGCACGGAGAAGGACUGCGACUACAUAACGUUUUACAAGGACAAUGACAAGCGCGACGCGUUUUGGGGCCUUGAACGCUACUCGGGUCGCGACGACGCGGUGUGCUUUCCUGGCGUUGGUGACGAAGCGCCGCUCGUCAUCCCUGCCAGUCAUUUUACGUACUAUUGGCACACGGACAGCUCCAACAACGACUGGGGCUGGCGCUUUACCGUGCAGGCCGUCUUUGAGCCCGUGGCACCAUCAUCGCUGACGAUUCCGCAGCUCAACCAGCGACUCUGCCACCUCUCGGAGAUGCUGCUGGAGCUCCCGCCGCACGCCGACGCUCACGAGGUCGCUGCGACACCGUCGGCCGUCCCAUUCACGGUAGCUUCGAACGCACAUGGCGCCGUGGAGAUUCCCGACGUCUACUUUGACGAAAGCAGUACGAACGACUGGGUCGUCGUCGCUCGCAAAGACGUCGAUGUACUGCCGGCCCCGGAUGCAACGUCGAGCACCGGCAGCCUUCACCGUGGCACCACCGUGCACGUGCUCGAUGUCUCGAGCGAGUGGGUGCGCAUUGCGUCGCUAGACGGUACCAACGUCGUCGGCUGGAUCCCACGGCGCAUCAACAACGAACGAACAUUGGCGCAACCAACGACAUAUGCUCCGCUUGAGCAUGGGCAAGCGUUCGUCGGCGCCACCGAAAGCAGCGAAGCGCAGGUACCGCCCGAGCUCGACGCUGGUGACACUGUCUGUGCCGUCGAGUCUCACUUUGAUGUGUCGACGAUCUAUGCUGUCGCGACCCGGCGACCGCACGAUCUCAUGCGCGACCUCCUCGAGAGCUUGGGCGUACAGUAUGCCCGAGCUUGUUUGCAUGCGUACGUGGCGUCCGAGCGUGCCGAUGCGUUGCCCGUCGACGUCAUCCUUGGCCUCGCUGACCUCGUCGUCAACAGCGAGCCACCGUCUCCGACGUCGGCGCUCAGUACGCUAAUACAACGCCUCGUCGCGGCUGACAGUGCGUUUGGGGAUGCUGUCGCGGCGGCGUGCACCCGUGCGAUUGCCCAGAAUCUCGCGGUGCUGCCCAAACAACCGCGCGUGCACCGAGUCGAGAGCUUACUACCCAACUACCAUGAGCGCAUCUGCUUUCCCGGCGCGUCGACGAUCCGAAUCGAGUUUGACGGGACGACGCACUGCUCCGACGACGACGGCGUUGUUUUCAUCGGUCGGGACGGUGCGAUCCCCAAUGGACCGUACUUUGGUUCGGCAGAGAGCGGGAACUGGCCCGGCGUCGGCGACAAGCCGCCGCUACUUGUUGCAUCCGACACUGUCCACGCGUUCUUCCGCGCAGACGACGAGAGCCCCGAAGCGCUGAUUGCGUUUACAGCGUACGACAAUGCCACCGGCACCACGACGACCCAGGACGUGGAUGCCCUCCUUGCGUCGCUCCGGCUGCACACGUGGGUUCUCUCGCAAGUCGGCUGCGUGCACGUGUCGAACAUCACGCAGCUGCUCGAUGCAACGUGUCAGUUGUACCAAGCAGCGCCCGAACGCCUGCAGCUGCAAGUGCUCGAUCUCUGGUCCACUUGGCUUCAAGACGACGCAACCCGCGUGUUUGAGCAGCUGGCGCCGAUGUGCGUCCACAGGUUCCUCGCCUUUCUCAAGACCAAGUUAUGGGCGCAGCACAAGCUGGAAGAAGCGCACACUACCAAGUCGAUCUUGCUUCGUCGGCUCUUUCAGUGCGUUGUUGACGCCGACGAGCACCUCGAGUUGUACCUCUUGUCGAUGGCAGCGGCGCCAUUGGCAGCGUGGGCACCAACAACCAACGUUGUUUUGACGGACGACGGGUCACGCGUCCAGAAGGUAGCUGCAGGCAGCGCGCCGACGAUCGUGCGCUCGACCCAAGGGGUGACGGCCGGGCUACAUGUCUGGAACGUGCUCGUCGUUUCGGCGCAAGCGCACGUCGUCGUCGGUCUCGUCACGGACAUUGGCGAGCUUACGCUGUUGCACGCGUGCCCGGUGGACGCAGUCACCUUGAGCGCGAGCGACGUUGCAACCAUCGAACUCAACUUGGAGCGACAGGAAGUGCGGUAUUUGCGCAACGGCGCCUAUGUAUACGCUCGCCAUGUGGUAGCCGGGCAGAUGUACUACCCAGCUGUGCAACUUGCGAACGCAGAGGACACGGUCGUCCUUCAGACGUCACAGCCGCUGCAGUGGCUACGCACCGUGCAAUCGAUCAACCCGCCGUGGUAUCAACGCGCCGUUGCGUCGCUUGGGCUGCUCAAAGGCUUCCACCGGCGCGCCGAUGUCCCAAGCCGCUUUAGUACCGAGACACCCGGUUCCGUGAUCUUGGCCACGGUGGUGCGAGGCGUUGACUGGGCGUACGACAACGAAGAUGGCGGCGUCGGCAACGUCGGUAUCGUGAUCACGAAGGAGCCAUGGUGUGGUCAGCCCGACGCUGCCGUGCGAGUGCAGUGGCUUCACGACAAAUCGACGGGACUCUACCGGUUCGGCUACUGUGGUCUCUACGACGUGUUGCCAGCAGCGGUGUUUCCCCCAUUGACGCAGCCGAGCACCGACGUUGCCAGUGGCUUCGUCGCCCUCGACGGACCGGUGCACGUGACAAUUCCGAGCUUACCAUCGAUCCACGGCGACUGGACGGUCCAGCUCUGGCUUCGCCGCGACGGCAAACAUGCUGAGGCACAGGUCCUUCUUCACAUGUCAACAGAUGUCAACUGGUGGCUACGGCUGGCGAUCGACUCGAAGCGCCGCCUGCAGCUGAUUGUGCACGCCGGUCAGUCGCAGCAAAUUACGUGCCCCCACGUGCUCGCUCUCGAUGCCUGGACACGCGUCGACGUCUGCGCCUUUGGCUCGGCGAUUGCGUUCCACGUCAACGGAGACCUUUUGCACCACGACCGUCUGCACGCCAAGCUGCAAUGCGCUCCUGCAACCUCGACAACGCUGCACCUGGGCGCUGGCGAUGACGAUGGCAGCAAGCCGUGGUGCGGUCACCUUUCGCAUGUCCGGCUCUGGGAUGCUCCGAUGUACAUGCAGCAGUACUAUGUCGACGUGCUAAAACGGCAGUACAACUCGGUCGAUGUCGGCGAGCCAGCGACGUUCGAGCAACUGGCUUUCAUGGCGGCGGCGGCACCGAAAGAGUUGUCGGACGGCACACGGGCGCUUCUGAAGUCGUACCGAGCUUUUACGUACGUCAACCGCCACGGCGACUUUGCGAGUUUGCGGCCGCAAGGAGUCGGUGUCUUGACUCCGAGCUGUGCGCAUGGCAAGGUGUACUACGAGCUCACGCUACUGCGUUGCACGUGCCUUCAGCUUGGCUGGUCGCUUGGUGACUGUGCGAUUUCGUCGCGCGACAUGGGCAUUGGCGACUGCAACCGGUCGUUUGGUGUCGACCUGUGCCGCCAAGCCAUGUGGAACGAGGAGAAGACGGCCAUCUCGGAAGCUAUUUGGCAGCCUGGCGACGUUUUUGGCUGUCUCCUCGACUGGCACGCCGGUGUCAUGACGUUCUCGCUUAAUGGCCGUGUCCUCGCCAACGUCGCCUUCCACUGCAAUAGUGGGGUGAUGGCGCCAACGUCUCCGAAGGAUGGUACCGCCAGCAGCCAGUGGAGUCGAGACGGCGACGAAGACGAUAGCGACAGUGGUGACGACGAAGUCUCUGGCGCGGAUGAUGAAGAGAAUGCUGACGAUAGCGACUCUGGCGCGGAUGAGGAAGAGAAUGCUGACGAUAGCGACCACCACAGUAGCUGCUCCUUCAAGCGCUCUGAUGUCGAGAGUGCGACCAUUGCUGCCGAAAGCCCGCCGUUGGUGUCCGCGAUACCCGCAAUAGUGACCUCCGAAGCGACGCCCAACACCAGUGUGACAGACGACCAGUACGCCGGAAGCGCCUGGCUCGCGCAUGGUGGCAUCUUCCCAUCCGGGUCCUUCUUGACUGGCGACGGCGCAAUCUGGAACCUCGGUCAACGUCCGUUCCGCUACCUCCCCGACGACUACGUCUCGGUGCUCGAAGCUGCGGGCGUCCCGUGCAACGCCGUGGUGCAGUUUGAGAUCUUUGAUUUUGAAGAAAAUGGCUGGCAGCCCGUGGCGUACCGUCAUGGUGUGCACGACGUGGCGCCACGAUUGCUCGGUGCCUGGAUUGAUGUCGCUGGCACCGAGCGUGCCGUGUCCGACACGUCGCGCUUUGAGCAGCACGGCACGACGAUGUGUGCGCCAACGUGGUCGAUCAGCGGCCCAAAGGUCUCGAUCCCGCGCCCUCUUCCUCUUUGCUCCCCGCGGUUCCAGUCGUCCAACGUGGCCAUGUCGGCGGCCCACGCCAAAGAGAACGAAGAGCUCGUGCGCUACAUCAACGACGUUUGCAGCGCGCGCUCACUGACGUCGGAGGUGCUCUUUGCAUUGCCGUGGACCGAAGUUGCACCAGAGGAGACGGCGCUCGUUCGGUGGCCGCUGCUCGCCAAGCUGCACGACGUGCCGUCGACCGAGCCAACGUCGCUCUCAGCACGCUUUGCCUUGCUCGUGUCUUUGAACAAGGUCAUGCUCGGGCUUCUUCAGUACGUCGAUCUCGUGGUCGACGAUGGCCCGCAGACAUUGGUGUCGCGUCUCACGGCUGCACGCAGUCUCCUCUUUCACGUACUCAAGCGCGAGCUCUGGGACGUACAGUUGACAGCAACCAGUGUUUCAUCCACGGAACGUCCGCUCACGCUCAACCGCCCGAAAGCAACACGUGGACGGCUUGGAUCGAACGGGACAAACCCGUUUGCUCUUUUUGCACAAGCCUACCGCGUCCUCGGGUUGUGGGACGCGACGUGUUAUCGGUCGACCGGUAAUUUGUACAAGGUGACGUUCCUCGGGGAGAAUGCCGUCGACGGCGGCGGUCCGUACCGGGAGACGUUUACCGAGUUUUGCGCCGAGCUGCAGAGCCCCCAGUUGCCGUUGCUUCUUCCGACGUCGAAUGGCCAGCACAACGUCGGGCACUGCCGCGACGCUUACGUCUUGCACCCGCAGGCGCACGUCCAGCACAGCUCGAUGCUCGUCUUUCUUGGCAAGCUCCUUGGCGUUGCAAUUCGCACCAAGGAUUGUCUUGGCUUGACGCUGUCCCAAGUCAUUUGGAAGCUCCUCGUUCGCGACGUGGUGACGCUUGAAGACCUUGAAGCCGUCGACGCGCUCAUUGUCAACUCGAUGCGGGCGCUCCGAACGAUCGACGCGACGGGUGUCACGGCGGCGCAGUUUGCCGACGUCAUUGACGAGACGUUUACGACGCUGUCGACCGACAACCGCACAGUAGCCCUCCGCCCGCACGGCGACACGAUGGUGGUGACGUUUGAGAACCGAUGCGAGUUUGCAGACGCCGUCGAGCAGUUUCGGUUGCACGAGUUUGAUGCGGCGGCAGCGUGCGUCCGGCGCGGCCUCGGCAUGGUCGUGCCGCUGCGGUACCUCCGACUCUUCACAUGGCGCGAGCUCGAGAGUCUCGUGUGCGGGUCGCCCGACGUCGACAUUGACCUGCUUCAGCAGUGCACCGAGUACAGCUCGUGCAGUGCGUCGGACCAGCAUGUCGUUUGGUUUUGGGACGUUCUCCGGGCGUACAGCCACGACGCCCGUCGCGCCUUUCUGCGGUUUGUCUGGGGCCGGUCGCGGCUGCCGCGGACGCUGCCCGAGUUUCAAGCUGGGCAGCAGUUUAAGCUCACGGCGUUUGACCGGCGACCUGCCGACAGCUAUAUGCCCGUGUCGCACACGUGCUUCUUCUCUCUCGAGCUGCCGCGCUACUCGACCCACGCCAUCUUGGAGGCGCGCUUGACGUACGCCAUUUACAACUGCCAAGCCAUUGACGGAGACGGUGACACGAUGGCGGCCAACCAGCUCGGCUGGGAAGACUAA